AUGUGGCGCGACCGCAUUUCAGGCCAGUCCACUCCCUCCGGAGCCAAUAAUCGCAACCUUUCUCCUCUACCACGACGAUCAUCCUCCCAGUUAUCUCCCAGCCCAUAUAAUAGCCGCCCUGGUGUGAUAUCUAGAACCUCAUCGACCUCCCUUCUGGCGACUCCAAACGACUCUACAACCUCUCUUCCAGGAACACGAACCACCAAUGGCUCUCCAUUGAAGCAGGCGAGCAUUCAACGACCUCGACCUGCCAAUGUCCCCGAUCCACUAGAAGUCUUAAACGGAAUCAUUGGAAAACAAAUCCAAACAGAUAAGAAUGUACCGCAGCUAUCGUCGGCGCUGGAACGGCCAGCGCAAUUGGUGGAAGCCAUUCGUUUUGAUGGGUUGAGCCUGGAGGACUUUCUGGAAAAGGAGGACCCAACACCACGAAAAAAGACCUGCGAAAGCGACGUAAAUGCACAAACUGUACAGCAAUUUGAACAGGAACGCGAUAAAUUCCAGGAGUUACACACAUCAAUCACUGGCUGUGAUGAGGUGUCCAAAUCCGUCGAGCUGUACUUGAAUGAUUUCCAGAAUGAACUGGGCGCCGUAUCGGCGGAGAUCGAAACUUUACAAUCUCGCUCAACACAAUUGAACGCGAUGCUAGAGAACAGGCGCAACGUGGAACGACUGUUGGGGCCUGCUGUGGAGGAGAUCAGCAUAUCCCCCAAGGCCGUGCGGACAAUUGUCGAAGGUCCGAUUGAUGAAAAUUGGGUGCGCGCGCUGAAUGAGAUCGAUUCUCGGAGCGCAAAUAUCGAAGCCAAAGCCGCUGCUUCUUCCAAUGGCUUCAAGGCUGUUGAGGAUGUACGGCCACUUUUGAGCGAUGUGAAGGACAAAGCGAUACAAAGGAUUAGAGACUAUUUGGUGUCACAAAUCCGUGCCAUGCGAUCCCCGAACAUCAAUUCGCAGAUCAUCCAACAACAGCGACUAGUGAAGUAUAAGGAUUUAUACAGCUAUCUCUCAAAGGCCCACCCAAAGCUGGCUGGAGAAAUCUCACAGGCGUACAUCAACACAAUGCGCUGGUAUUACACAUCUCAUUUCACACGCUACCUUCAAGCACUUGAUAAGGUCAAGGUUUACCCUCCUGACCGAAACGAGGUUCUCGGAGGUGAUCCGUCCUCACAUCGAUCAGGGAACAUGAUUCCUGGCGGCCGAGCUGGCUCUGCUGCGCAUGAUCCUUUCUCUCUCGGUAGACGAAUCGAUAUUCUCCGAACUGGCAACCUCCAAGCUCUGUCUUCAUAUUUAGCUGAAGAGGACAACACCUAUCAUGGAAUCGAAGUGCCCUUCCGAAACUUCAAUCUCGCAUUAGUGGACAAUGUGUGCGCCGAAUACUCUUUCCUGACCGAAUUCUUCUCUCCAAAGACGUUCCACCAAAUUUCUCGCGAUGCCGUGGAAAUCUUUGGACAAGUCUUCACUCUUGGUCAGAACCAAACCAAAAGGCUGAUCGAGCACACCACGGACUCUCUAGGAGUCCUAAUGUGUGUUCGCCUAAACCAACAUUCAGCUUUCGAGUUCCAGCGCCGUAAGGUGCCAGUAGCCGACUCGUAUGUCAACGGAGUCAACAUGCAACUUUGGCCACGCUUCCAGGUCAUCAUGGAUCAUCACGGCGAUUCACUCAAGCGUGUUGGGUCUAACACUGGGCGCAGCGCUAUGUCUGCUCUUUCGAUUGCAGGUGGAGACGACCUGAAGCAAUCUUCGGCACCACACUUCUUGACACAGAGAUUUGGGCAGCUUUUACAUGGAAUCCUUGUUCUCAGCAGUGACGCCGGUGAUGAUGAGCCGGUAUCCAAUAGUCUGGCCCGUCUGACUGCCGAAUUUGAUUCUCUGUUGGCCAAACUGAGCCGCAAUGGCACGGACGCAAAGCGAAGAGAGCGGUUCCUCUUCAACAAUUAUUCAUUGAUUUUAACCAUCAUUAGUGAUACCCAAGGCAAAUUAGCAGUUGAGCAGAAACAGCAUUUGGACGAGAUGCUCAAGAAUAGCACCAAGCGGUAG